AUGGGCAGCAUGCGCAGCUUCCUAGCAGCUGUGGCCUUGCAGGCAUCGGGUGCUUUUGCCUUCACGGCGCUUCGAGGCAAUCUGCAGACAAGCCAGCUCACGCUCACAACUGCCGAUGUGGGCAGGAAGGCCGAUGCCGGUGCCGAGUCUUCGUCGCUUCCUGGAAGUGUGUUUGCCUGGGCGGCCUGCGGAGUGCUGGGUGCAGCAGCAGCUCAUCGCUUCAAUCGCAGGGAGCGCAGCCGGGCAUCUGCGAGCCCAGUUGCUUGCCGAGCGAACCCUGUUGCCACGUGCGAGACUUCCAUGGGAACGUUCAAGGUGGAGCUGUACAUGGACGAAAUGCCUCUAACUGCCUCCAAUUGGAUUGAUUUGGCGAAGACCGGGUUCUAUGACGGAAUCCACUUCCACCGUGUCAUCCCCGGAUUUAUGUGCCAGUUUGGCUGCCCGAACGCGAAGGAUCCUCGAAGCCCCAGGGCUGGCACCGGCGGCCCGGAGGAUGGAAGCUUUGAGGUCCUGGAUGGUUCCGGCCGGCAGGCUCGCCGCUCAAACGGAGGGAACAUCGAGGAUGAAUUUACUGCCAAGCUUGGCAACGAGCCGGGCACACUGUCCAUGGCCAACACAGGGCGCCCCAACUCCGGCGGUUCGCAAUUCUUCAUCAAUGUGAACAACAACAGCUUCUUGAACUGGUUCGACCGAUCUUCGCCAUCGGCACAUCCGGUGUUUGGCAAGGUUGUUGAGGGGUACGACCUCAUCGAAAAAAUCUCCCAGGUGCAGACGACAAACGACUGCCCGGAUGAACCGGUCCAGAUGAUCAAGAUCACCGUUGAGGGAGCAUAG